GUCAUCUUUUUAAAGCAGUUUCCACACUCAUUUGGAGCUGGAAUUGGGGAGCUGAGUAGAGAGGAAGCCUGAGCCCUCAGGAGCUGGUGAACCACAGUCGCUGCCAUGGCCGGGAAGCCCGUGCUUCACUACUUCGAUGCCCGGGGCAGAAUGGAGUGCAUCAGGUGGCUCCUGGCUGCGGCAGGGGUGGAGUUUGAAGAGAAGUUUAUAAAGACUUCAGAAGAUUUGGAAAAACUAAGAAAAGAUGGGAGUUUGGUGUUUGAGCAAGUGCCCAUGGUAGAGAUUGAUGGGAUGAAGCUGGUACAGACCAGAGCCAUUCUCAACUACAUUGCCACCAAAUAUGACCUCUAUGGGAAGGACAUGAAGGAGAGAGCCCUGAUUGACAUGUAUUCAGAAGGUAUUUUUGAUCUGACUGAAAUGAUUUUGCAGAUGGCCAUAUGUCCCCCAGACCAAAAAGAAGCCAAGGUUUCCUUGCUAAAAGACAGGACCAAAAACCGUUACUUGCCUUCCUUUGAAAAAGUGUUGAAGAGCCAUGGACAAAACUACCUUGUAGGCAACAGGCUGACCAGGGCAGACAUUCAACUGCUGGAACUUCUCCUCUACAUUGAAGAGUUUGACCCCAGCCUUCUGGCCCCCUUCCCUCUGCUGAAGGCCCUGAAGAGCAGAAUCAGCAGCCUCCCCAAUGUGAAGAAGUUCCUACAGCCUGGCAGCCAGAGAAAGCCUCCCAUGGAUGCAAAAAAAAUCGAAGAGGCCAGGAAGAUUUUCAAGUUUUAGUGAGGCUGCAUUGACCGAGUCCUCGUGUCCCAGUCUCUCUGGAGUUUUGCAAAAAUGUGAAGCAGCCGCUGAUCCUGCUCUUUUGAGAUAAUAAACAUGAAGAAAUGCUUUA